CCCGAGCCACGUCGCGCCUCGCUCGCCAUUUUCCCAUCUCCCGAAAGCCCGAAUCGUCUCUUCUAGCCUCACAGUGACACUCAGCACUGUCAGGUCUCAAAAUUCACCGUCAUAGGGGAAGAACUGAGCUCUUUUUUUUUAGAGUCUUUAAUCGGUUAUUUUCCUGCUGGAGAUCCGGUUAAAACAUGAACAUUUUCAGGCUAACCGGCGAUCUCUCUCACCUAGCAGCCAUCAUCAUCCUGCUGCUCAAAAUAUGGAAAACCAGGUCGUGUGCCGGUAUUUCUGGGAAAAGUCAGGUCCUGUUCGCCUUAGUGUUCACCACUCGCUACCUGGACCUGCUCACCGCCUUCAUCUCUCUCUACAACACCAGCAUGAAGGUCAUCUACAUCGGAUGUGCGUACGCCACCGUGUACCUGAUCUACCUGAAGUUCAAGGCCACUUACGAUGGGAACCACGACACGUUCAGAGUGGAGUUCCUGGUCGUCCCUGUCGGUGGCCUGGCUUUCCUGGUUAACCACGACUUCUCUCCCCUGGAGAUUCUGUGGACGUUCUCCAUCUACCUGGAGUCGGUGGCCAUCCUGCCCCAGCUCUUCAUGAUCAGUAAGACGGGUGAGGCGGAGACCAUCACCACCCACUACCUGUUCUUCCUGGGACUCUACAGAGCGCUUUACCUCAUCAACUGGAUAUGGAGGUUCUACUUUGAGGGCUUCUUCGACAUGAUCGCCAUCGUCGCUGGGGUGGUGCAGACCAUCCUCUACUGCGACUUCUUCUAUUUGUAUGUAACUAAAGUUCUGAAAGGGAAGAAGCUGAGUCUGCCAGCUUAAGUGCCAAAGAGGGGAGUUUGAGCAGACUCAUGGACAGGGAUCGGAGGGGAGGAGGAGUAGAAGUGGACACCUUUGAUGACCCCGCCCCACCCCACCCUCCCUCCUCCACCACCUCCCUCUCCUCCUCCUCCUCCUCUUCCUCCCCUCCCGUCAGAGUAAGAUGCCUGAGACAGAGAGCGAGCGGGAGCUGCUUCUGCUCCAGAACCCCUGCAGAGGCUCGUCCACAGCCUCCAGAUUUCUGUUUGAUGCAUCUUGCCUUAACUUUUUUUAUUACUCUGUAAAAAGGAAGAAAAAAGUUUUCUACAGAAAAAAAAAUGUACACAUUGGUGAAUGCGAGCUGAAGGUGUAAAUUAGCCUGUGAUUUGGCAUUGUGUGAUACAGAAGCGGACUUCCUGUGGUGGGCUGUUAUCGACUCGAGCGUUUGUAAAAAAAAAUAUUUGCAAUCAAAAUAAAUGUGCUUUGUUUUUCCUGAUAAUUCUCUGGGGGAGGAAUUUGCCGAAUCUUCACAACUUUUGACGGUCAAUUCACGUUUUUUGUUUGUUUGUUUUUGACCACGAUGCAUUCCCAUGUAUAAAUAUAUGUCCAUUUAAUUCAGAACAGAUGCCAUAAUUCAGCGGAGAAAGAAAUUCAACCUUGAGUGAUAUUUUUGUUGUAAUGCCUCAAAUUGACCGCUAUGAGAUUCUCCAUAUGGACGGAAGUAAAUCAUUGAACAAACACCGACCUCUGUGAAGGCUCUCUUUAUUUGAAACACUUCAUGGUCAAGAUCUAUCUCACCUGUGAGAAUGCCUCACUGCCCGGCACAUUUUGUCUUGGAGAGCUCCUCCACACGUCUGAACUCUUUUGUAACGUGCUGUAUGAGAAUGAUCACAACAGAAAUGAAAGUCUUUAAUUUGUCUCUUUGGUGCCGAUGUAUUUAUUUUUUAUUUUCCUCCUGGUUCAAUAAACAAAGUCCGUAGAAUUGUC